ACAUUUAUAUAUAUUUUUAUUUUUUAUUUAUUUCAUUUUUUUUUUCUUUUUUCUUUUCUUUUCUCUUUUCUUACUUAUUUAUUUCAUAAUGAAUUGUAAAUAUUGUCAUACAUCUCAUCGUAAAUUCUAUUGCAUUGAUUGUAUAAAAGAAAAAUUACAAAAACAUGAAGAAGAAAUAAACAUCACGAUUAUCGAAAGAGAUGCCGCAGUUGAUGAGGCCAAUCAUUUUUUAAAAAAGACAGAGUAUAUACAACAAUUGAUUGCUGAAAAGAAUAAAAGAGCAAUGAAAUUGGAAUCAUUACAAGAAAGUCAAAUAUGCAUGCUGAAUGAAACUAAAGAAAAAAAAAUACGUAUAAAAGAAUUAGAGAAACAGAUAACAGACAAGAGAAGAAUACUAGAAGAAUGUAUUAAACGAAAGUCGCAUUAUCAAAAAUUAUGCAUGGACAAUCAUAAUAAAAACUCCACUCUAUUGAGAGCUUGGCAACGUACACAUAAAAUGACAGUUGGAACGAGACGUAUUUUAGUGAAGGAAGUCAGUUCUUUAUUUGAGUUAAAGCCUGGUGUUGUUGAAGAACCUGUAUCACUACCUAUGCCAUCCUCUUCUCUUCAAGCAGAAGAAUUGUUGCCACCUUUUAGUCAGCCUACUACUAUGCAAAUAGGAAACAAAGAAGAUUUAUAUAUUUGUGGAGUUACUUUACCUACUCGAUUAAUUGACGUUACAAAAUACCCUAAAGAAGAAUUAAAUGCACCUAUUGGUCUUGUCAUUCAUAUGCUGGGUCUAGUUGUUCGUUAUUUGGGUAUUAAAAUGCCAUUUAUUAUAAUUCAAAAGGGACUUCGACAUUAUAUUCGAAUGGUAGCACCUAAUCGACAAUUAUGGCAUAAUUAUAGAAAAAUGCCAUUAUUUCUUGAAGAAGAUGAUAAAAAUUUCAAGAAAUUUGUAAUUGGUAUGGCUAUGUUAAACUAUAAUCUUGCUUAUAUCUGUUAUACUCAAGGUGUAAAAAUCCCAGUAAGCCAAGUUGCCAAUACGCUUCAAAGCUUAAUGGCUUGUUGUUGUGCACCUAAUUUGGGCAUUCAAUCACAUGCACUUUAUUAUCAUGGAAUUCGUGAUUUAAAAUUUCCUAUUGAAUUUAAGCAGGUUUUAAGAGCUACGAAUUUUAGAUAUAGAUGUAGUAGUCUUUUAGAUGUAAAUACAACAAAUGAAUUACAUACAAAUUAUUUUAAAGUAAAGUCAAGUAAAAGAACUUAUCAUCAAAAGCGACGGCAAAUAAAUGAAGGAGAAGAAGAAGAAGAGGAAGAAGAAGAAGAAUAUGAUGGAUUGUAUGUAGAUAGUGAUAAUGAUGAUACAUUACUAAAUAACCAGCAACUAACACGUUUGCAAGCCGCUCCCACAACACCGCAUAGUGAAACUUGGAGUCUUAUUGAAGUUGCUCCUUUUCUUUAAACAAACAAACCAAACAAAAAAAAAGUGAUGUCAUCAUUAUAUAUCUAAUAUUACGAAAAAUGCAUUUAAAUUUUGUUUCAAAAUCAUAUGUGGUAAAUUACCUUUUUUGACAUUUAACAAUAAUGCAUAUUUAUUAUUCUAUCACAAGGGGAAAAAAAAAUAAGUUAUAAAUUAUCCAAUAAAAUUUAUUCAUUUUUACAAAAAAAAA